GCUGCCAAAUGACAAAAGUCAAAACUAAGAACUAAGUUUUUCUGUUCUUCCAAUUUCCGUUUCCUUUCCGUCAAAGAACCGCAGCCAUGAAGGCAAAGGGAGAGUUAAAAGAAUAUGAAGUCAUUGGCCGAAAGUUGCCAACGGAAAAGGAGAAGAAUACUCCUUUAUACAAAAUGAGAAUUUUCGCACCUGAUCAAAUUGUAGCCAAAUCAAGAUUCUGGUAUUUCUUACGUCAGUUGAAAAAAUUCAAGAAGUCUACUGGAGAGAUUGUAUCUGUAAAGUUGAUACCAGAAAAAUCUCCAAUUAAAAUUAAAAACUUUGGCAUCUGGCUUAGAUAUGAUUCUCGUUCGGGUACACAUAAUAUGUACAGGGAGUACCGAGAUCUUAGUGUUUCGGGGGCAGUGACCACUUGCUAUAGGGAUAUGGGAGCUCGUCAUCGGGCUCGUGCCCAUUCAAUUCAGAUUAUCAAAGUUGAAGAGGUUAAAGCGUCUGAUACCAGAAGACCACAAGUGAAACAGUUCCAUGAUUCUAGGAUUCGUUUCCCUCUUCCCAAACGUAUUCAACACAAAUCUAUGAACACAUUCUCUGUCCGUAAACCAAGAACAAAUUUCUUGUAAUGUGGUUAGUUAUGGACUAAUAAAACCGUUUAUACAUUAA